AUGUCCGUCUUCUUCAAAGACAUUUCCGAAGACAACCCGGUGCAGCAGGGCGACGUCGAGAAGUUGCUCCAGCCCCUCGGCCUGACUAUCAAGGCUGAAGAGUCGGCGGAUUACCAACGACUUCUCGCUGCGGUCCACGACUGCGCGACUCGCAUCGACAGCCUCCCGGACUAUCAGCCAGUACCCGACACGAAAAGAUACCCCCGCGAGAACGUGCGUAUCCCCACGGCCGAAGAGCAAAAAUUUGGCCAUGCCUGGGCAUACCGGUUCCUGAUCCGGGGCGACGACUCUGCAAGAGAUUCCUCUUUGGCCUCUCUGAAGGGAAAGACGGUCUGCAUAAAAGAUUGCAUCGCUGUCGCUGGAGUUCCACAGUUCUAUGGCAGUGAUGCCUUCCCCCCAUGGACACCUUCGACAGAUGCGACUGUGGUGACACGAGUCUUGGAUGCCGGCGCCGACAUCCUGGGCACGGCAACAUGUGAGCACUUCUGUAACUCGACAGCAUCUUUCACGAGCGCCCAGGGAACCAUAGAGAACCCUUACAAAGAAGGCUAUUCAACGGGCGGUAGCACUUCCGGUGGUGCAGCUCUUGUGGGAUCUGGCCUGAUUGAUAUCGCACUUGGCACAGAUCAAGGGGGCAGUAUCCGCGUCCCUGCUUCCUUCUGUGGUUGUGUCGGAGUAAAGCCGACUCACGGUCUGGUGCCGUUUACCGGUAUCACGAGUGGGGAUGCAAUCGACGAUCAUGCUGGUCCUAUAUGUCGGUCCGUCUCUGAGGCUGCCCGAUGUCUUGAUGUGAUGGCAGGCUAUGACGGCAUCGACGACAGGUCUCUCGGCGCUGCUGACCACGAUUCGUUCGGCUACUCUGCUGCCCUUCAGUUAAACUCUGGCCGAUUGGACGGAAUGAAGAUCGGUCUUCUCAAAGAAGGCUUCAACCAGGAGAUCGUCGACCCCAGAGUGAGAGACCAUGUUCUUGCAGCAGCCCGGGAACUCGAAUCAUUUGGAGCAGUCAUCGAGGAGGUCUCCGUUCCUCUUCACUUGGAAGGGCCUUCGAUUUGGACAAUUCAGCAGCGUAUCUCGGGCUCAUCGGGCAUCCUGGGCAGAGCCUCCGGACGAAGAGGUCUCGGAUUGACUGAGUUUGAAAAGACCCGGCUUCCUUGGACAGACUCAAGUUUCCAGAGACUUUUCCCCUCGACUAAGAACACGGUAAUCAACGGUCUGUACUUGUCCGAUAGGUUUCCUGGCCUCUAUAGCAAGACGGUGAAUAUUGCUCGACAGAUCAGCGACGCAUAUCAACGUGUUUUCGAAAGCUACGACGUUGUUAUAAUGCCUACGACGCCGUUUGUGGCACCACGUCACGGUACUCGCGAAUCUGUUCUUGCUUCAUUCGAGCCUACCAUAGGCUUGACGACAAACACCGCCGUCUUCAACGUGACUGGGCAUCCUGCAAUGUCGAUCCCUGUGGGAUUUAUCCCUGCAAAUGACGACCCGCAAGUCCAGCUCCCAGUUGGUAUGCAGAUUGUGGGAGGUCUUUGGCAGGAAAAGAAGGUACUUAAAAUUGGGCAUGCAUGGGAGACCAACUUUGACUGGCGGAACUUCAAGCCGGCUGAGCGAGCGAAUCAACCUGCUCCUGAAUCAGUAACGGCCGUCAAAUUGAACAGUAGAACAAUGCAUGAGCUUAAUGGCGCGACUUCACCGAGUCUGAAACGGGUGAAGCUUUCUGCCUGA